AUGGCGUUCAGGGACCUGCUCGCCUGGUCAGCCAUGAUCGGCGCAUAUGCCAUCAGGGGCCUGUACAAGGAGGUCGUCGCGCUCGCAGUGACCAUGGUCAGGGAAGGGGUCAUCCCGGAUAGGUUCCUGAUCACCCGGAUUCUGCAGGCGUGCGCGUACACAGAGGACCUGGAGCUCGGGGUGGCGUUGCAUUCAUUGGCGAUCCGGAGAGGUUUCAUGGCGGAGACAGCGAGGGACGUGCCGGUCGGGAACUCGGUGCUGGCGAUGUACGUCAAGUGUGGAGAACUGGGCCGUGCGCCUGUGGUGUUUGAGAAGAUGGGGGCAGCGGGACCUGGGCACAUGGAACUCAAUGAGUGGGAGGAGGCGCGGAGGCUGCUCGAUGAUAUGAGGCGCGAAGGUAUGGAGCCCGGGGUCGUCACAUGGAACACGCUGAUUUCGAGCUAUGCAAGGUCUGGGGAACUUGAUGUGGCCAUGGAGAUGCUGGAACAGAUGGAGGAGUCUGGUGUUGCUCCGGAUGUUGUCACCUGGACUAGCCUUGUGUCUGGUUUUGUCCACAGUGAUAGGGGUGGCGAGGCGCUUCGGUGUUUCAUGCGCAUGCGUCUUGCUGGAGUCGAACCAAAUGGCAUGACAAUUGCGAGUGCCAUCUCAGCUUGUGCUAGUUUGAGGCUACUGAGGAACUCCUUGGUUGACAUGUAUGCAAAAUGUGGAGAAGUUGUUGCGGCUAAGAGAAUAUUUAAUGAGAUACCCGAGAAGGAUAUCUUCUCCUGGAACUCAAUGGUUGCAGGAGCCCUGAGAAUAUUUCGGCAGAUGCAAUCACUCUUGGUGAGACCAGAUUACAUCACAAUAUUAAGUAUCAUUCCAGCAUUUGCAAACCUAGUUGCAUUUUCCAAAGUACGGGAGAUCCACGCCUGCAUAUUUCACAACAAUUUAGAAAUGGAUGGCAAAAUAGCAAAUGCACUCAUCAAUGCCUAUUCAAAAUCUGGCGAUCUUGCUGGUGCUUGUGCUGUUUUUGAUAGGCACUCAUCAAGGAACAUUAUUUCUUGGAAUUGUAUAAUUCUCGCACACUUGCUGCAUGAUUCUCCAAGUGAAGCACUGGAUCGCUUUUGUGAGAUGAAACAAGAAGGCGUGCGGCCAGAUCAUACAACUUUGACUGCCGUAAUCAAGGCCUAUGGCCUCCAGGGAAAGGUAUCUGAGGCGAAACAAAUAUUUUACAAUAUGACCCACGAUUACAACAUUACUCCAGAUUUAGAUCAUUACGCAGCUAUAGUUGAUCUCCUUGGCCGCUCAGGGAGUCUACAAGAAGCAUAUGAGUUUAUUGAUAAUAUGCCACUCAUACCCAAUUUAGCAGUCUGGGAGGCAUUGCUUACUGCUGCAACUAUUCAUGGAAAUGCAAGGCUAGCAAACAUGGCAGCACGAGAGCUGUCAUCACUUGAUCCCAGUGACCCUAGAAUCCAAAGACUGGUUUUUAAUUACUGGGAUCUAACUGGAAAGUCUGUUGAUGUGCCACUCAUGACAGUAUACAACAAAGGAAGAGAGUUGGAAGGUGUUGAUAGUUGUUCUGUUGAAACCAAGAACAAGGUCUAUUUGUUCUCAACCGGUGAUAAUUUAGCAUUAGAGAGUACAGUAGCUGAAUUGAAGUUGAUUAUGAUUCAGAUCAGAAUGUCAUUGCUGAACAUCUGUAAUGGGACUGACGCUGAAGAAGAGAAAGAAGAAUUAUCUGGAAUACAUUGGUGUUCUUGCACAGAGAAGGUCAAAUCUUGGUGGAAAUCAGUUCCCUGCUACAAAGCAGGCUGCGAAGAAGGCUGCUGCUAUGCCAAUGCGCAAUGGGGCUGUCUGAUGGAACAAGCCAAGGUAAACAAUGAUUAUCUUAUUGCUUAUGAGAAAGUUUACUGCAUUCAAGGGGCUGUUAAAUUUAUUGAGUCGUACACCUUGGUUGCCUUUAUUCUGGUUGAGCUGGUCAAAUUUUCGAACUUGCUGGAGCACCCUGAAUAUGGGGGAGCUGCUAUUCGACUCCUCACUUUUUUAUUUAGUCAAAGGCAGCCGGUUAAGUCACAUUCAAUGAUGAUUGACAGGAAGAUUAUUGAAGCCCUCAAGGACAUGUCCCUGAAGAUGUAUUCAAACAUAUGCCAAUCUUUUACCCGCUUCUUUAUAGUUCCUGUUAUGGCAACGUCACAUCUGAAUGUUUGCAAGGCUUGUGCUGUUGAGAAGAUGGUCACUCAGUCAGUCUGA